AUGCUUAAAAUUCAGCAGCUUACAGAAGAUAUCUACUGGCUUGGCGUUUUAGACUCAGACCUUGCUGUCUUUGAUAUCGUCAUGGAAACAAAGUACGGAACAACUUACAAUGCUUAUCUCAUCAAGACACCAGAAGGUGCAGUUCUUGUUGAGACCGUUAAAGAACGCUUUUUCGAUGAAUACAUCGAUAAAGUAAAGACUGUCAUUGGUGACAUCAAAAACAUUAAGUACCUUAUUACAAAUCACACAGAACCAGACCACUCUGGCUCAAUCAAGAGAAUGGUCGAGCUCCUUCCAGACGUCACAGUUGUCGGAUCCAAGACAGCUCUCACAUAUCUUGAGGAUAUCAUGAACAUUCCUUUCAAGAGCCAAUCUGCCGAAGAUCUUAAGGUCCUCAAGUUCGGUGGCAAGACAUUUGAGUUCAUCUCUUGCCCAUUCCUCCACUGGCCAGACUCAAUGUACACACACCUUGUUGAAGAAAAGACACUCUUCACAUGCGACUCUUUCGGUGCCCACUAUUCACCAAAGAAGUCAAUCCUUAUGAGCCAGCUCCCACCAGAGGAAGAAGAAGGCUACCAAGAUGCCCUUCUUUACUACUACACCGCAAUUUUCGGCCCAUUCAAGGAGUACGUCAUCAAGGGAACAGACAAGAUCCUCAACCUCGACAUCAAGCUCAUCUGCCUUGGCCACGGUCCAGUCCUUGAUGCAAGAAUCAAAGAGACCAUCGACACAUAUCGCAAAUGGUCUGCUCCAAUCCCACCACAUGAAGGUAAGGAAGUUGUUAUGGUCUAUGCAUCAGCUUACGGUUACACAACCGAGAUGGCUGAGGAAAUCAAGACCGGAAUUAUGGAGAAAUGCCCAGAUGCCAAGGUUAAGAUGUUCAACGUCAACAUUCAGAACUACGGAGCUCUUAAGGGCGAAAUCAUGGGUGCAAUUGCUACAGCCGAUGGUGUCUUACUCGGCACAAAUACAAUCAACGGCGAUGCUGUUCCACCAAUCUGGGAUGUCGCUCUCUCAAUGAACCCAAUUGUCCACGGAGGUAAGGUUGUCUCUGCUUUCGGUUCAUAUGGCUGGUCAGGCGAAGGUGUUGACAACAUCAUCAAGCGCUUCGACCAAAUCCGCUGCAAGGUCAUCGACGGCAUGAAGAUCAAGUUCCGCAUGUCAAAGAAGGAACACGAGAAGGUCCGCGAGUUCGGUAACCAGUUCGGAAACUCCCUUGUUACAGGUGUUGUCCCAGAACGCGCCGUUCCAGGCAAAGUUGUCGGUGCAAAGGACUGGUCACAGCUCAACCCAACAGGCCAGAUCGUUCUCUGGCGCUGCGUCAUCUGUGGCGAAAUCUACGCAGGUGUCACACCACCAGCACAGUGCCCAGCUUGCGGUGUCAGUGAGGACCUCUUCGAACUCUACGAAGGCGAGGAAAUCGCUGUCAAGUCAACAGAGAAGCUCAACUUCGUUGUUGUCGGCUCUGGUGCUGCCGCUGUUGCUGCCUGCGAAGCCAUCCGCCAGCGCAACUCUGCUGCUUCGAUCCAGAUGAUCACACGCGAAAAGAUCAUGCCAUACUACAGACCAAUCAUCGUCGAUGCCCUCCACGGCCCAAUUCCAGACGACCAGUACUGGAUCAAGCCAGAGCAGUGGUACAAGGACAACAAGAUCGACGUCAUGCUCGAUACAAACGUCACAUCUGUUGACUCCAAGGCUAAGAAGGUCAAACUCUGCUGCGGAAAGGAAGUCGCCUACGACAAGUUAAUCCUCUGCACAGGUUCCAAGCCAUUCGUUCCACCACUCGGCCAGGAAGGACUCGAAGGUGUCCUCGUCAUCAGAACAUAUCUCGAUGUCGAAACACUCUGCAAGAAGUGCGAGACAGCAAAGAGCGUCGUUGUCAUCGGCGGUGGCGUUCUUGGUCUCGAAAACGCUUCCAACCUUGAAAAGAAGGGACUCAAGGUCACAGUCAUCGAGUGCAUGCCACGUCUCAUGUCAAGACAGUUAGAUCCAGAGGGCUCUCACUUCCUCGAAGACGCUGUCAGAAAGUACGGCAUCAACUUGAAGCUCGGCCACGCUGUUGGCAUCAAGAGUGACGGAAAGAAUGUCACUGGCGUCCAGGUCGGCGACGAGUUCGUUCCAGCUGACUUCAUCGUUAUCAAUGCUGGUGUCAGACCAGAGUGCGAUGUUGCCAAGACAGGUGGUGUCGAAAUCGGCAGAGGCAUCUCAGUCAACGAGAAGAUGGAGACAAAUAUUCCAGAUAUUUACGCAGCUGGUGAUUGCGCCUACUUGAAGAACUUCAACCAAGGCCUUUGGGCUCCAGCUUUAGCUAUGGGUAAGGUUGCUGGUGCUAACGCUGCUGGCGAUGACAAGACAUUCUCAUUCGCUAAGGAACCAGUCAACAUGCUCGCCUUCAAUACAGACCUCUUCUCAAUCGGCUGCCCACCAGAGAGCGAGAAGGGAUACAACGUUAUCGGACAGCGCGAUGACAAGGAAGGAACACUCAUGAGACUUUACUUCCAGGACAACAGAUUAGUCUACGCCUGCUGCUUCAAGAUGCAGAAGAUUUCUGGCGCUCUCCUCAAGGCUGCUCGUGAAGGUCACUCAAUGCAGCGUGUUGUUGCUGAGGUAUUUUAA